UGUAAGAUUUUUUAUUAAUGUAUUUGAAUUGCUCUUGAUGUUAAAUUUAAUUAGGUAACUUACUAAAAAAAUACAAGUAUGUAAUAAAAAUAUGGAAAUUUAACAGUGCUUUAACUUGAUUACGAUCACUACAAUCCUGUGACAAUUUGAUAGAAUCCCAUGACAAAAGAUCCCAUUAGUCACGGGAUAUCCUGUGACUAUCUCAUUAUUUUGUUCCCGUGUUUAAAUAUUAGUCACGGGAAAUACUGUGAUAAAAUAGAUCUUAUGUCACGAGAAUUUUCCUGUUAUUGUAUUCCUUACUGUCACGGGAUUUCCCGUGAUAUUUGACCUUUGAUCACGGGCAUGCUUGACACUGGAAUAUACCGUGAUAAAAACUUUGCGUCACGGGAAUUGACUGUUUUGUCACGGGAAAUCCCGUGAUCAAAAGUGAUUUUUCCUGUAGUUAAGGAAUUCCAAAUGGAUGAUUAUUUUCAUUCUACUGGUAUAAUUCAUGAGCAGUCUUGUCUUGAAACCCCACAACAAAAUAGCAAAGUUGAAAGAAAACAUCAACACAUUCUUUCAGUUGCUAGAGCCCUCUCUUUCCAAGCUUCUAUGCCACCUAGUUUUUGGGGAGACUGUGUCAAACAUGCUGUCUACCUCAUAAAUAGAGUGCCUUCUAUCAUUCUGAACAACAAAACUCCAUUUGAACUCCUCUAUCAUAAGCCUCCAGACCUAACAGACUUAAAAGUCUUUGGCAGACUUUGUUUUGCUAGUACUCUAGGAAAUCACAGAACCAAAUUUCAACCUAGAGCUAGAAAAGGGGUCUUUCUUGGUUAUUCCCCUAGCAUCAAAGGAUUCAGAAUCUAUGACAUCCUUUCUCAUGACAUUUUCAUUUCCAGGGAUGUCAUUUUUUAUGAAUCCCAUUUUCCCUUCAAAACCAUUUCCUCUGAUGAUGUGACUCAUUCUACUUCUGAUCACUUAUAUCCCCUUCCCUCUACAUCUUCUCCUCCCUUCACUGAUGACAUUGACAUUUCUCCUUCACCUAAUGUUCCUCUUGAUCCUCCAUCUCCUACUCCUGACCCUUCCCCCAUCCCUCUCCUUCCUCUCAGCCUCCUGACCCUCCUCAACCUAUCAACCCUUCUUCCUCUUCAACUCAGCCAACAACUUUACCUACUCCUUCUCAACCCUUACCCACAAGAAAAUCCAGUAGACAUGUUAAACCUCCUUCUCAUCUUGUUAAGAACUAUCAUUGUUACCUUGCUCAACAUUCUAGCAGACCAGCUCACAAUUCAAUGCAUCAGCUCCAAGACAACAGGUUUGAUCUAUCCUCUACUAUAUCCUAUAAUUCUCUUGAGCCACACUUUCGUCACUACCUGCUUAACAUUUUAUCCCACCAUGAUCCACAAACUUUUAAAGAGGCUUCUCAAUUAGAAGAGUGGAAUCAUGCCAUGAAACAUGAGAUCACAGCUUUGCUCAAGAACAAUACAUGGGAUGUAGUUGAGUUGCCUGCUGGGAAGAAGCCAAUUGGCAACAAGUGGGUUUAUAAGUCAAAAUUUGAUUCUGAUGGUUCACUAGACAGAAGGAGAGCUAGACUAGUUGCCAAGGGAAAUUCCCAACAAGAGGAAGUGGAUUACCAGGAUACUUUUGCCCCAGUCAUCAAAAUGACAACCAUCAGGACAUUCUUGGCUAUUGCAUCAAUCAGAAAUUGGCACAUACAUCAAUUGGAUGUAAACAAUGCCUUUUUACAUGGGGACUUACAAGAAGAAGUCUACAUGACACUUCCUAAAGGUUAUGAUCCUCCUCCAGGCUAUAUUCAUCCUGUUUGUCGAUUAAGGAAAUCACUCUAUGGUCUUAAACAAGCCUCUCGUCAAUGGUUUUCAAAAUUAACAGACAAGUUGCAGGAAGUAGGUUAUAUUCAAAGCAUGGCUGAUCAUUCCCUCUUCUACAAAGCUACUGAGACUUCUUACACCUGCAUUCUGAUCUAUGUGGAUGACCUGAUCAUUGGUGGAAAUGACAUUACAGAGAUCAAUUUCCUCAAGCAAUUUCUACACACUGCCUUCAGUAUUAAAGAUUUGGGGGUUCUGAGAUUUUUCCUAGGCACUGAAGUUGCCAGGAACAACAAAGGCAUUCAUUUGUCACAGAGAAAAUAUACUUUGGAGAUUAGUGAGGAAGCAGGUGUUUUAGAUUCCAAAACAGUCACUACACCCAUGGACUACAAAUUGCAUCUAUCUAGUUCAGUUGACACACCUUAUUCUGACCCAGAGCAUUACAGAACAUUGAUUGGGAAGCUGAUCUAUCUCACAACCACUCGACCUGACAUCAGUUUUGCUACACAGCAGCUCAGCCAGUAUAUGUCUACUCCCACCAUUACCCACUACAAAUAUGCUCUCCGAAUCAUUCGCUAUCUCAAAACUGCACCUGCCACUGGUCUAUUCCUACCUAGCACUGGCUCUUUACAAUUGAAAGCCUUUACUGAUUCAGAUUGGGCGGCUUGUGUCGAAACAAGAAGAUCAACAACAGGAUAUUGUGUUUACCUCGGCGAUUCCUUGAUCUCCUGGAAAAGCAAGAAGCAGCUGACCGUUUCUCGUUCCUCUUGCGAAGCAGAGUACAGGGCUCUGGCUUAUACUGCUUGUGAGAUCCAAUGGCUCCUCUUUCUCCUUCGUGACUUCAAGGUUGACCAUCCAAAACCUGCUUUGUUGUAUUGCGACAAUCAGAGUGCAAUUCACAUUGCUCAGAAUCCCACUUUCCAUGAACGCACCAAGCAUAUAGAGCUCGAUUGUCAUCUUGUGCGAGAGAAGCUUCAAUCAGGCAUCUUGAAAUUGCUCCAUGUCUCAUCGACUCACCAACUUGCCGAUUUAUUCACCAAACCAUUGUCCCCAGCGCCAUUUCUACAGCUCUUCUCGAAACUUGGUGUGCAUAAUCUAUGCCCACCAGCUUGCCGGGGGGGGGGGGGGGUAACAUCGCAGAGAAAUUGAAUUUCAAAGCCAACGGCUAUCUGCACUUUACCUUUUGUUUCUCAACUAAAGAAGACGACCUGAUGUGCUGCGUUUUGAUCUUCUCCAACUCCCUUUGGCGCUGCGCAUCGUUUCCUUGCAACGCUGCCGUUCCACUUUGAUGUUUUCCCAAGACGCUGUCGUUCCACUUUCUCCUGUAACGUUGUUUGCUUUUAGUUCAAGUCAGAGUUUGUUUCUAUUUCAAGAAAACUACAAACAUGUACCUUGAACCUUGUCUGCUAGCACUAGAACAUCUCAUAUAUAUUGUAAUCCUUUAGACAAAUCAAUACAAGCUUUAGGGUUUCAAGUUCCAGAUCUGUUGUUAGAAACAAAAUAGAUUUUUCAAAAUAUUUAUCAAUAAAAUUUUGUGAUAAUU